AUGCCCAGCCACCCCAAGCCACAACUCACCCACUCCCAAGCAUCACUUCACCUCCACAUAUCCAAGCCACACUCAUCCGCCACAUCUAAGCACCACUCACCACACCAAGACACACUCAACCACUCUAAGCACACGUCACCGGCACACCCAAGCAGUCACCAUCCACUCUAUGACGCGCCACAACUUCAUCUAGCACCCAAUGCACAGCUCAUCCCCAUCUCUAAGCACACUCACCCACACCAGAUGCACACUCAUCCCACAGGGCACAACACUACUUACCCAACCCAAGCACUACUCGACCCACUCCUAAGAUUCACACUCACCCACUCUAAGCAACAGCUCACCCAGACUCUAAGCAACACUUCACCCACCCUAAUGCGAACUCACCUCUGGAGCACCGAGAGCCCAAGCACACGCGUCACCCAUCUUCUAAGCACACUCCACUCCACAGCCCAAGCACCGACUCAUCCCACCUCUAAGGCACACUCACCCACAACUCACCCACUCCUAAGGCCACCACUCACCCAGCCAGCCCAACUACACUCCCACAAACCAAGCACGUACUCACCGACCUCUAACAGCCAGCACUCACCGACACCCCGCCCAACGGCGGACCACUCAGCCCCACUCUCACGCACAUUCCGCCUCACACCCAAAGACACCACAUCACCCCGCACUCUAAGCACCCAGUUCACGCCAAACUGCUGGAAGACCACUCACCCACCAACUCCAGCACCGCUCACUGCCACUCAUCACCCGCAGCACCACUUCACGCACACCAGCGGUACACUCCCCCCACACCCCCAACGUCACACCUCGCACCACCUACACCCAACGCACACUCACACCCACUCUAAGCACACUCACCCACACCAAGCACACUCACCUACCCUAAGCAACUCCACUCCCACACCCAAGCACUCCACCUCAUUCCCACCCUUUGGCGGAUACAGCCACAACUUCACUGCAUCGUCUAACGCCAACACACCUCUACCGCACCCACCCAAGCACCACUCCCCCAACCCACGUGCUUGA